UGAACACGAUGCACAUGUCUAUUACCCUUGUACGCUUUCUCUUUGUCGUGACAGCGGCGGUCUCGACGGAGGGUUUCACUGCAGCAGAGAAACAAGAUAUCGUGGACCACCACAAUGACGUCCGAUCUAACGUCCAACCCACCGCAUCCAACAUGCUGAAAUUGAAAUGGAAUGAUGAACUGGCGGCUACUGCCCAGAGCCACGCUGACAAGUGCAUUUUCCGCCACAAUAGAGAAAGGUCUUCCAGUACAUCAUUCUCUUAUGUCGGAGAGAACCUCGCCCUCUACAACACCUACAACGCACAAGCAGUCGUGGAAUGAUGGGCCAACGAAGCAUCAGGUUAUAAUUUUAUGAAUGGCAUUUGCUCUAUUCAGCCGUGUGGGCACUAUACACAGGUUGCCUGGGCAGAAACGGAGAAUGUGGGGUGCGGCGUCAAGAAGU